AUGGCAGCAACAGGAAACCAGGGCUGGGCUCAACUGCGCCAACAAGCCCGCAGUUUAGAAUCACAGACCGAUACUCUGUUCCAUACAUAUUCACAAUUCGCACAACUCUCAGCCAUACCGCCGAAGCCCACCCCAGAGGAAAGGGAGACAGAGGCAAAACUGGAGGACCUGCUAUCGAAACGAGAGACCGUCAUCGCACAGCUGACCCGCCUGCUCGACUCGGAAGCCACCCUGACUUCCUCCGCCCUGAAACAGAACAACCUCUCCUUGCUGCGUGAGAAGCUCGCCGAGCACCGUCGUGAUUUGCGCCGCAUCAAAUCUUCCAUCUCCGAGGCCCGAGAUCGCGCCAACCUGCUGAGCAACGUGCGCUCCGACAUCGAUGCGUACCGCGCCAGCAACCCCGAGGCUGCCGAGGCCGACUACAUGCUCGAGGAGCGCAACAGGGUCGACAACAGCCACAACAUGGUCGACAGCGUGCUGUCCCAGGCCUAUGCGACCCAGGAGAACUUCGCGCUGCAGAGGGAGACGCUGGCCAACAUCAACAGGAGGAUCACCAUGGCCGCCAGCCAAGUGCCCGGCUUGAAUACCUUGAUCGGCAAGAUCUCUGCCAGGAAGCGCAGGGACGGAAUCAUCAUGGGCAGUUUCGUUGCCUUCUGCUUCCUGGUCUUCUGGUGGUUCUUGUAG